AUGGAAUUAGCAACCGUCAAUUGGGUAGCAUUUGUGGUUCCAAUUGCCGUGACGAUGGUCAUCAUCAUAUCGACCGUGAUGGGACGACGACGACGAGCUGAACGAUCACCUCGCGCUCGUUCGCCCCCCGUGGCCGCAGGGGCUCCCCUCGUGGGGGUCCUCCCGUCGCUUCUCGUCAAGGGCCCGCUGCAAGUGAUCCGCGACGCCCACGCAGAGCUGGGCAGCGUGUUCACGGUGAGGCUGCUGCACCGCGAGGUGACCUUCCUGGUCGGUCCGGACGUGUCCAGCCAUUUCUUCCAGGGGCUGGAGUCGGAGGUGAGCCAGGACGAGGUCUCCCGGUUCACCGUCCCGACCUUCGGCCCCGGCGUCGCCUUCGACGUGGAUCUCGCCACCCGGCGCGAGCAGAUCCGCUUCUUCGGCGACGCCAUGAAGCCUGCCAAGCUCCGGACCUACGCCGGCCUCAUGGUGCGAGAAGUCGAGGAGUACUUUACGAGAUGGGGAGAGUCGGGCACGGUGGACCUGAAGCAGGAGCUAGAGCUCCUCGUCACGCUCGUCGCCAGCCGGUGCCUGUUCGGGGUAGAGGUCCGCUCCAAGAUGCUCCGCGAGGCCGCGACGCACCUCCGCGAGCUCAACGACGGCAUGCGCCUCGUCACCAUCCUCUUCCCGCACCUGCCGACCACGGCGCACCGCAGACGCGACAGGGCGCGCGCUAGGCUCGGCGAGAUAUUCUCCGGCAUGGUCAGGUCGCGCAGAGAAGCCGGCCGCCCCGUCGACGACAUGCUGCAGUGCCUCAUCGACUCCAGGUACAAGGACGGCCGCGCGACGACCGACACGGAGGUCGUCGGGAUGCUGGUGUCGGCGCUGUUCGCGGGGCAGCACACGAGCUCCAGCACGGGCACGUGGACCGGGGCGCGCCUCCUCGCGCACGCCAACGCCGAGCACCUGCGCGCCGCGGUCCGGGAGCAGGAGCGGGUCGUGGCGCGGCACGGGGACCGCGUGGACUACGAGGUCCUGCAGGAGAUGGAGACCCUCCACCGCUGCAUCAAGGAGGCCCUGCGGCUCCACCCGCCGGCCAUGAUGCUGCUGCGGCACGCGCGCCGCAGCUUCGCCGUCCGGACGAGGGAGGGGGACGAGUACGAGGUCCCGGCGGGGCGCACGGUCGCGAGCCCGCUGGUGAUCCACAACCGUCUCCCGCACGUGUACAUGGACCCGGAGAGGUACGAGCCGGGGCGGUUCGGCCCCGGGAGAGGGGAGGACGGGGCCGGCGGGGCGUUCGCGUACACGGCCUUCGGCGGCGGGCGGCACGCGUGCGUGGGCGAGGCGUUCGCGUACAUGCAGAUCAAGGUGAUAUGGAGCCACCUGCUGAGGAACUUUGUGUUGGAGAUGGCGUCGCCGUUCCCGGAGACGGACUGGAACGUGGUCAUGCCGGGGCCCAAGGGGAAGGUCAUGCUCCGCUACAAGAGGAGGAAGAAGAUGUCACCCACCGCCAAAAUCACCAACCCACGGACACGCUACGUAUGCUAG